GCAUGGUCGACCAAGCGAGAAUGCAGGCCAAACGAGCGCCUCAUUGAGAACGUGUGUCACCGUUCAGAUCAUGUUGGACUUACCCUCUCACAUACUGAGGAAAUAGACGUAAGUUGUCGAUUGCAAUCAUGACUGACAGAUUGUUUAUUGCAUCAACUCGCGUGGCAUUUUCAUCCGCCUAAUCAUACACUUCGGGGCUGACGUCACCUAGCGGACAGAAUGGCCGACCAGUCUUCCGGAUUCUCCGACCAACUGGUCUCUGGCGACAGCGUUGGUGAGAGCGGUAUUUAUCAGCCAAACAUCAACGGAGGCAUGCUGAGACUCGGUGGAUACGAGAACCAGGCUUUUGAAGAAACCUCAACAGACCCCGAGCCAGGAGUUCUAAAUGGACAUGCGCCAAAUGCUGAAAAUGGUACUGCGCCAAAUGCCGGAAAUGGUACUACUUCUGCCAUACGCCUUCCACCACCGCCGUCAAAAAAGGACAUUUUAGCACAGAAAAAUACCUCUGCACAAACACCUGCAGAGUCCACCCCGACCGCAGACCAAACCGAUGUAUCGUCAUCCGGGUAUUCUUUACCGGUUGUUUACGACAACAGAAGUGGGAACAAUGUCGUAAUACAAGAACGGGUUGUGGUACCUCAGUCAGACGGAACAAGUGAAAUACAGACUCGUGCAAUACCAGAAAGAUGGCGAGAAUUGGAUCGGCCGCUGCGUCAAAAACAGUUGAAAUUCUUGAAGGUCUUCGGCACUAUAGCAAUCAUAUUCUUCUUUCCGACCGGCAUUCCUGCAUGUUACUAUGCUUUCAAGGCAAAGACUGAGUUUGACGAGGGAAUCAUGAGAGGCAACAUUGACACGGCGGCCAAAUACGCCAAAAGGGCCGAACGGUUGAUCAUUUUGUCGGGGAUCCUCGCCCUGAUCUUCGGAAUAUUGAUCUUUGCAAUGAUUGAACGUUCCAUGAACCCAGAGAGGUACGCAAGCUGGCACCCUGGGGGUAUUGUUGGGCAGUGAAGUAGGGUUACUGGAGUAAUGCAUGUACUGCACAGUAAUACGCAGCCACGUAUAAACCAUAAACUUGCUGUGCAUGUGGGGUAUCUUCCCAUAAGACAGACCUCCCAAAAGACAGACCGCGUAAAACAACACAUUUUAUGGU